GUCUUGAGGGUCCGGCACUGUCGACUCAUCCUGGGGCACUUGGAAUCUUCUUUCCCCUAGAUGGUGCUGUUAACUUAGUUUUAUCCUUCUGGACCACAGAAUUCCACUGAAAGGUCAUCGCGUCUAUUACCCAGGCUCCGCUGAGCAUCCUCUCUGGGAUCAUAGAAUGACAGUGAUACAGUGUUUCAUCUCCCGCUUCUGCGGCUUUGCGUGGGGGUCCCCCACCUUUGGAAUGCCUUCUCUCCUCAUCUCCUCAGCCUCUUGGACACUUUUCUCCUUUCAAAGCACUAAGUAGGUGUCACCUCUUACAGGGAUCUUUUCUAAUUCCCCCUGUUGUUAAUGCUGGCUCCCUCUUGAAAUUAUUUUGUGAAAUAUGGAAUAGGGGACAAGAUUCCAGGCUUUGAAGCCAGGAACACUUAAGCCCCAGCACUUCAAGCAUGAUUGGAAGCACUUUAUGAAUUCUCUGCUUCUCUGUCUUUGCUCUGUUUCUGUCUAUAUGUCUUUCCUCCCUCUAACACAAGUUGUGAUCCUGAAUAAGUAAUUUAAUUGAUUAAAUUAAUCACAAUUGAUUAGAGGGAGUUUCCUUUUCCUGAAGUUCCUUAUUCAAACGAAUAGGUCCAAUCCUUAUUCCUAUCUUAGUAUUUACAUGUUCCAUCCUUUUAAGUUCCUUUAUGGCAGAGAAUUGUUUGAUUUUUGCCUUUGUAUUUCCAGACCUUUGCAUAAUACCUUGCACAUAAUAGGCAUCUGAUAAAUGCCUUGUUAAAUUGAGCUAAAAGAGAGCUCAAGAGAUUUAGUCCAACCCCUUAAUUAAAAAAAAUAUUGAUGCCUUUUGUUUUACAUCACAGUUAUUGGCAGAUAUGCAUACAUCAUACACACAGUCCCCUUAAAUUCAACAAAAAUGGGUAAGCAAAGACAUAAGGACCAUCUCUGACAAUGUAUAAACAACAUUCUGCCAUCACUCUCCUGCCCCUCUGCUGUGAGGAGAAAGGUAUGUGAACAGGGAAGGGAAUGUAAAAGGGGCCCCCAUCAUUGAUUUGAGAGAUUCCAUCCUGGAAGAAGAGGAAAGGGGAACUCCAUCCCCAGAGAUGCCGCAGUUCCUGACCUUGGAAGAAGUGGAAUUGGGAGAAUCUGAUGAGAGAGAGGACAUCUCUGUAGAAGGUGAAUCAAGAGAAGACGAAACGCUGACUUUUGUUGAAAAAGAUCCUGUGGUAGCCUUACAGAAGUGUUCCUCUCAGCGUCAUAAAAGGAGGAAGAGAAAAAGAUGAUUGGUGAUCAAUCUAUCCAAUUGCCGAUAUGAUAGUGUUCGUCGGGCAGCUAGACUGUAUGGCUUACGUGAGGGAGGGGACCAUGAUGACUGGACUCUUUAUUGGACAGACUUCUCAGUGUCCCUAGAACGUGUAAUGGAAAUGAAAAGUCACCAGAAGAUCAACCACUUCCCUGGAAUGAGUGAAAUCUGCCGAAAGGACCUGCUGGCCAGGAAUAUGAGUCGUAUGAUAAAGCUUUUCCCUAAAGAAUUCCAUUUUUUCCCUAAAACGUGGUGUCUUCCAGCAGAUUGGGGGGAUUUGCAGAACUAUAGCCGAUCAAAAAAAUUUAAAACUUUUAUCUGUAAGCCGGACUCUGGUUGCCAAGGGAGAGGUAUAUUUGUUACUCGGUCUGUGAGAGAUAUCAAACCAGGAGAAGAUAUGAUCUGCCAACUUUAUAUAUCAAAGCCUUUUAUUAUUGAUGGAUUCAAGUUUGACCUUCGGAUUUAUGUGUUGGUGACCUCCUGUGAUCCUCUCAGAAUCUUUGUGUACAAGGAGGGUCUGGCUCGAUUUGCUACUACCUCUUAUUCUAAUCCUUCUUCAGAUAAUUUGGAUGAUAUAUGCAUGCACCUGACUAACUAUUCUAUCAAUAAACACAGUUCUAAUUUUGUACGGGAUGGAAAUUCUGGCAGCAAGAGAAAGCUCUCCACCUUCAAUGACUACAUGGACAAACUUGGCUGUGACACGGUGAAGAUGUGGAAAGAUAUUGAAGAUAUAAUCAUCAAGACUUUGAUUACUGCUCACCCUAUAAUUAAACACAACUAUCAUACCUGCUUCCCCAACCACAUCAUGAAUAGUGCCUGCUUUGAAAUUUUGGGCUUUGAUAUUCUGCUGGAUAGAAAACUUAAACCCUGGCUUCUGGAGGUUAAUCACUCUCCAAGCUUCUCCACUGAUUCCCGGUUAGACAAAGAAGUAAAAGACAGUCUGCUGUAUGACACCCUGGUCCUGAUCAACCUGGGAGCCUGUGAGAAGAAGAAAGUCCUGGAGGAAGCGAAGCGCAGGGCAAGGUUUCUGCAGGAUUUCCGUUCCAAGGAGAUCAGGAUCGAAGAAUUAAAGAAUUAUCAGGCUAUGUGGCUGGAGAAAAUAGAACGUUAUGAGAAGGAAAAAAGUGGUGGCUUCCGGAGGAUUUAUCCAGAGUUUGGGUUUGAAAAAUAUCAGAAAUAUUUUCAUCACAGCAAUUCACUCUUUCAAAACACGGCAGCCUCCAGAGCCCGGGAAGUGCAUGCCCGGCAGCAGAUCCAGGAAUUACGGCUGAAGCAGGAGAAGAAAGCCUUCUAUUCGAAGGAGAAGAAGACAGAACUUCAGGGUGAAUCAGCAGGCGAUGUGACCAGGGUCUCUCUCCCAAAGGAGACAAAACCACAAAGAGCUCCCGUGUACAGCGCCAGACAACUCUCCACUUCCUCCAUGUUGAUGCCCUCUCCAUCAUCCACCUUGGUCUCAAAGUCAAAGCUGAAGCUAAAGAAAAAUGAGUCUCUGAAAUGCAUAGAACCUUUCAACUUCUAUGAGGAGAUCCCCAAGCAAAAGGUCAAUGCAACCUUACCGGUGAAAGCUGGAGUGUGUCACUACAGCUCUGUGCCGGACCUCAGGAAGACACACAUCGCUGGCACAGAAAAGCAGGAGCCCUGGAAACCCAUCUCUGCAAAGGCUGAAGGAUCCAAGUCAUUCUCUGAUCUUCUUGCUUUGAUGGAAUCCUCAUCUAUGACCAGUGGCUAUUCCCUAGAGUCCCCACAGCCAUUUCCAACUCUGAGCAUAUCCCCCAGACCCAUGUCAACUAAUUGCGUGCACUUGGAGCUAGACAAUCCUAUCGAGAUAAUUUACGAACCACAGGACUACCAAGAGAAAGCAUCUACUUCCAUCAAGCCUCAGAACUCGUGGUGCGACCUGCCACAAAACUGGAACUCAAUGACUUCUGAGAGCAAUAAGACACAGUUCCUAGUAUCCAAGUUGAUUAAUGUAAUCCCCGCAAGGACAAAAUUUUCCUUAUCAAACAGCUCUAAUGCAAAGCUAUUGCUGAACAAACAAAGAAAAGCCACCUUCCAACACCGUGGCUGUAGGAGCCAAAGUUCCACAGAGAAGAAAUCCUUGGAGGAUGCUGCCUUACAGCUGCUCUUACAGAGGCCAAAGAGCCAGCAUUUACUUAAGAGGGACUUGCUAGUGAUUGCCACACCAGCCCGACUUGAUCCAAGGCCUCGAAAAAACAGCAAGAUUGUAGGGAGGGAGCGCAGUGGUGGGCAAGGCCGGGCACCGUCCAAGGGCUCCCCAUCCUCCAUCAAGGAAGCUACCUAAAAGACUAGGUAGGCAGGGCCGACAUUUGUUAGAAUUUUUCUGUAGGAAGUUCCUUCCUUGUACUACUGAUCAUACCCCACUCCAUAAUAACCACUACCUCACUUUCACUCAUGUCCGUCCUAAGUCAGGAAUGCAAGGAAUUCAUUUCACAAAGACCAAAUUCUGCCCACAGUUGAGGAGGUGAUUUUGAUGCUCUUUCCUUGAGGUACUGUGGACAGGGGCAGAGAUGGGUGGCCAAAACCUGGCCCUCCAAGUCAUUAGGCUUGCAGGUGGGCAUAAUAAAUAUCCUGACUUUACAGGCUAGGGGUAGUCUGAGGACGGAGACUUUAGAGAAGUGCCAUUAUCUAUCAUACAGCAGAAUAUGGGGAGAUUGGAGGAGAUAACAACAACCUCUAUUAAAUCCUUAGAACAUUUGAAGGAAGUCAGUAUAUAAAGAUGUAUGGAACUUUUUUUUUUUUUUUAAGAGCAUCAUACAUAUCUGGAGAUGCUGCUACCAAUGUCAUCAAGGUGGGGCAUUUAUUUUGGGGUGGCUUUUCUCCAUAUUGAAAGCGAAUUUUGCUGAGCCAUUAUAAACUGACCAUCUUACCUGUUCCCUCAAGUGAACAACAGCACAAAUGGUAAGAUGAUCAGGUGUCAAGCAAAGCUAUCCAACCCUUUCGAGAACUCUGACCUGUGCUCUCUGCCCUAUUGAUACCAUGUUUUCAUUAACUGGCCUAGAUGGCUUUUAGGAUUUUCUGGUAUGGGUGGGUAGCUCUUUUAAGCUGGACUUCAUGGAUUGGUUCCCCCUUACUUGGGGAAGUAUGUAAGAAAGUUGAGAUCCACAUCCUUUGAAAGUUCAGAAAUUUGUCUUUCAGUAAGGUUUUGGAUGAUUGACUCACCUUAAACAGAUUUAUAAGCUGAUGUGUCCAUCUUUCACUUGCUUAUUUCUCAUGGGCACAGAGGGCAGCUGGGUGGUGCAGUGGCUAGAGUGCCAGUCCUGGCGUCAGGAAGACACUCACCUUCUUGGGUUCAAAUCCCACCUUAGACUCUUAUUAGCUGUGUGACCCUGAGCAACUCAAUUUUGUUUGCCUCAGUUUCUUCAUUUGUAAAAUGAACUGGAGAAGGAAAUGGCAAGCCAAUCCAGUAAGUUCAUACUAGGAGACUAGAUUUCUAGAUCAGGAGAUUAUAGAGAAAAGUGAGUUUAAAUUAGCACCAUUAAGAGUAAUAAUAAUCACAACCCUAUAUUUAUAUUAGAAAUGGAAUAGUAUAGUGGGUUAAAGCUCUACCCUCCGAAAACCUGUACCAGUGUCUUGGGCAAGUGAAGAAUUGGUAUUAGAGGAGGGGCUUUGACCUGCACUAAUAUCUUAGUCCACCCCACCCCAAAAAAGGUGUGUAGUGUUUUGUCACUUUCUUAUCUAGCUGAUAAGAAAACUUUUUUUUUUUUUUUUUUUUUUUUUUUUUUGCUGAGGCAAUUGUGGUUAAGUGACUUGCCCAGGGUCACACAACCAGCAAGUAUUAAAUAUCUAUGAUAAGAUUUGAACUCAGGUACUUCUGACUUCUGGGUUGGUGUGCUAUCCACUGCACCACCUAGCCAUCCCAGAAAACAUUUUCAAAAAGGUGAAAUGAUGAUCAAGGUCAUGUACCUGCCGAGGGUCCAACAGGAAGGGAAAUCCAGGUCUCCUGGCUCCCUUUCCAUCCACUCUACUUUGCUGUCCCAGAAUAAGCAUUUAUAUAGCUCCUUUGAAAAGGUAGGUAUUGUUAUAACCUCCAUUUUACAUUUGAGGAAACUGAGUCAGGCACUAAAUUAUUUGCUCAGAAUCAUAGUCUCUGAAAUUGUAUUUGAACUCAAGUAGUACAUAAAGGCAGUAUAUAUUCUUGACUCCCAGGCUUUAUCCAUGGUCCCACCUAGCUUCUAGAGCUACAGUGUCAGGAGACACAAUAUAAGUUUUCCAAGUUUAAGAAUUUUAUGUUUUAUUGCUGCAAGUCAUCUGCUCUCUUGUUGACCUGUUUGGAAUUUCCACCACCACCCCCUCACCCCCCAAACAUAAGAGGAAUCUUAUAUCCUUAGUAAUCUUUUCCCAAACCACAAUAUUGCCUACUUCUGGGAAGAUUGGCGUGAGAUGAACUAAUAUAUGAUUGGGAAGGGGUGGGAGGUUCCUUUGAAUUGCAUAGAGUUUCAAUGUGCCCUAGAUUUAGGGGUUCAUCUCAGUGGGGAACCUCUUGCCUUCUCUACUAUGAAUUUGGAGCAAAUAAGAGAAAGCAGAAGUCAAUUGAAGAUAAUUUUUUUUAAUGAAUGUCACACCUUGCUUUAGGCCCUUUCCCAAUAUUUUGAAUACUUUGCUUCUCAUAAUAAUAACCAUGCUUUCCAUGUCAAUUUAAAGUAUUCACAGCACUUUUUUCACAACUAUGUGCAGUAGGUAGUGCAAAUGAUCUCCAUUUUACAGAUGGCAAAACUGAGGCUCAGAGGUAAAGUGACUUGCUUAAGUCCAAGCAGCUAAGAAGAAGCAGAGCUGAGAGACCAACCCAGGUUUUCUGACACUUAAGUGCAACGCUUUCUCCCCUACAUUCUUAUGACUUCCUCAUGUUCCACCUUCUAUUGUGUUGGUCUACCGAGGAAGAUUCUCCAGUGCUAUCUUCACAGUUUCUCAGCUACAAGGGGUGGGAGCAGCAGGCUAUCCCCCCCAACGCUAUUUCUGGGAUUGGGGGCGGGAAUAUCUCGGGGCUUAGGGAGUCAGAUGGGUUUUGGCCUCCUUGGAAAUACCAAACCAGUUUGCCUUGGAGUCAAUGUACUAGUAGUUCCCAGGGUCUUUAGAACACAACAAAUUGGGAUGAGCACCCCAAAACACUAAGGUUUAGCAUGGGUGGGGGUGGGGGCAAGCUUCAGUUCUUCUGACCAACAGACCAGGCUAUGAUUUAUGGACACAACCAACAGAAAAGGGAAGUCAAAUUAGAUUGUAAGCUCUUUAUGGGUAAGGGACUAUUUUUCAUUUUUGUGUCUGUGUUGUUCAAAAACCAAGUGCUGUAUGGAUGUUUUGAUGAAAGAAUCCCAGCUGCUGUUUUCCAA